CUCAUGAGCGCCGAAGAAGCACUGCAGCAAGACCGAGGAUGAAGCGAGCCUGAAGCUGAAUUCAUUCACUCCGUGUGGUGGUUUGAACUGCGAGUGUGCCUGACAGCCAGACAGAAGAAACAAGAAGAGGGUGUUUUUCUGAGUCCAGUCCACCGUGGUUUUUCUACUAUAAAAAAAAGACUGAAGACGCACAACUUUGCACCUUCUGUCUAAAAUAAAUUCCUGCUCUCGGGUGGCAGUGAACUCACGUGAGGAGCUGCAGAGAUGGACCAGAACAACAGUUCAGCCAGUCCCUUCCAGGGACUGGCCUCCCCUCAGGGUGCCAUGACCCCAGGCAUGCCUAUCUUCAGUCCCAUGAUGCCCUAUGGCUCAGGUCUGACACCUCAGCCCGUCGUGGCCAACAGUUUGUCUAUACUGGAGGAACAGCAGAGGCAACAGCAGCAGCAACAGGCACAGCAGGCAAACGCAGGUCUUCCUGGAACGUCAGGGCUAACCCCUCAGCUUUACCAUUCCCAGACGGUUGCAGGCUCGACCACCACAGCGCUGCCAGGGAACACCCCGCUCUACAACACCCCGCUGACCCCCAUGACCCCCAUCACACCGGCAACACCUGCCUCAGAGAGCUCUGGAAUAGUACCACAGCUACAAAACAUAGUAUCUACUGUAAAUCUGGGCUGUAAACUGGAUUUGAAGACCAUUGCCCUGAGAGCCAGGAAUGCAGAGUACAACCCAAAGCGUUUUGCUGCGGUCAUCAUGAGAAUACGAGAACCCAGGACCACGGCUCUCAUCUUCAGCUCUGGGAAGAUGGUCUGCACGGGAGCCAAGAGUGAGGAGCAGUCGAGGUUAGCUGCCAGAAAAUACGCUCGUGUGGUGCAGAAGCUCGGCUUUCCUGCUAAGUUCUUGGAUUUUAAGAUUCAGAACAUGGUGGGAAGCUGCGAUGUGAAGUUCCCCAUUCGACUGGAGGGAUUAGUCCUCACACAUCAGCAGUUUAGCAGCUACGAACCGGAGCUGUUUCCAGGACUGAUUUACAGAAUGAUCAAACCCAGAAUCGUCCUGCUCAUCUUUGUUUCUGGGAAAGUUGUACUCACAGGCGCCAAAGUGAGGGGAGAGAUCUACGAAGCGUUUGAAAACAUCUAUCCCAUCCUGAAAGGCUUCCGCAAGACAACGUAGAACCUGCAGCUCCUUCUCUUACCUUUUUAUCUCCCCAACUCCAACUUUUUUUCAUCAGACUUUUUUAAAAUUCACAAGUGGACUGCUGUAACGGCUGUUGUAACGGCUGUUGUACAGGGAUGUGAUUUUAUUUUUAUUUUUUAUUUUCUUUUCUGGUCCUGGUGUUUCAAAGGAUUGGAAAACAGGACGUCAACGUUGCUGUGAUUUGAUCACAAGUGAUGUCAUAUUUUGCUCGCAGACCUCCAUAUAUUUGACCUUUUUUCCCACGUUUUUUGUUGUGUGGAUCACAUCCCUGACUGUACAUAAGACUGUAAAGAAAUGUAAAAAGCGCUGAUUUGAAGAGAAGCAGUCUGGCUAGGACUGUUUAUUUUAAGCCAUUUUAAAUAGUUUUUGUAUGUUGCAUUUUUAUAAAUUGUUCACUCUGUUCCCAAAAUGUUUCGAGAUUUGUUCGGGUUUGUCUGCCCCACAUUCCUUUUAACAGUAUUUACUAAGGUUUCUGUCUAUCUCAAGUCAAUGAGAUCAUCUUGAUAUCUUUUGCAAAUCAAUCAGUUAUUGGUUUAGCUUGGUCAUCAUUUAUUUACAUGCUGUAAUCAGAAUUCCCUCUAAAUUCCCGCAUUUCAACAUUGGUAGAAUAGCCAUGUCAGUUAAGACGUAUCCGAAGGCUGUGGCUCUUACUUUUAAGUGGAUGCUCUUAAUUAUUUUUAUUGAAAUCCUCCCGCUAAAGUUGUCAUCAAGUUGUUGGUUAGUUCUUUGAGAUUUGUGGCACUUGGGGUCAGUAACAUUUGUACUUGUAGAUCAACCAGAACUUAAACGUGAAGAAGGAGGCUGUUGGUCCUUAAGGAGACGGCAUCUCCUUUCUUAAAGUCUUGUAUUCACAUAUUGCCUCUUUCAUCCACAAGCACUAAAAUAUGAUGACAGAUAAUCAAUUAAUUGUGUUGCCAUGUUUAUGUUCUAUUUUUACAUUUGUUUGGCCAUUCAAAAGUAUAUUUAAAAAGAUAUUUUUUUCAUAGGGGAUUGUGAAUUUCCCUCGGUCUGUGCUGCUUGCUCAGCUGACCUGUCUGAAGCAGAAGAGGUUAGAGAAUUACGCUAAACUACAUUUAGUAAUAAUGAAUCCAUCCUUCUGACUGAGCUCAGCAGCGGCUUAGCAGGAGACCAGGAAGCCCUGUCACAUCUCGAUGAUAUUGUGUUUAUAACAACAUUGUUAAUGUGCUGCACUGCAUUAAUAAAUGUGUACAUA